AACGCUCUGUCUGAGGCAAUGGACAAAGUCAACUACUCUGUGGUAUCUGAGUUCGUGUUCCUAGGACUCUCCAAUACAUGGGGAAUCCAGCUGCUCCUUUUCCUCUUUUCUUCUGUGUUUUACAUGGCAAGUCUAAUGGGAAACCUCCUCAUUCUGUUCUCUGUGACCUCUGACCCCAACUUGCACUCCCCCAUGUACUUUCUCCUGGCCAAUCUCUCAUUUCUCGACCUGGGAAUUUGCUCAAUUACAGCACCCAAGAUGAUUUAUGACCUUUUUAGGAAACACAAAUCCAUCUCAUUUUGGGGUUGUAUAACACAGAUCUUCUUUAUUCAUACUGUUGGGGGCACAGAAAUGGUAUUACUCAUAGCCAUGGCCUUUGAUAGAUAUGUGGCUAUAUGUAAGCCUCUGCACUACUUGACCGUCAUGAACCCACGAACGUGCGUUUUAAUUUUGGCUGUGGCCUGGGUCCUUGGCCUCAUCCACUCAGUGGCCCAGUUGGCUUUUAUUGUAGACUUGCCCUUCUGUGGGCCUAAUAUAUUGGAUAGCUUUUACUGUGAUCUCCCUCAGCUCAUUAAACUGGCUUGCACAGAGACUAAUAAAUUGGAGUUCAUGGUCACAGCCAACAGUGGACUCAUCUCUGUGGGCUCCUUCUUCAUACUGGUCAUUUCUUAUGUCUUCAUUCUGGUCACUGUUCAGAAGCACUCUUCAGGUGGUAUAUCCAAGGCCAUCUCUACUUUGUCAGCUCACGUAACUGUGGUGGUUUUAUUCUUUGGGCCAUUAAUUUUUUUCUAUACCUGGCCCUUCCCGUCAUCACACUUAGACAAAUUUCUGGCUAUUUUUGAUGCAGUUCUCACUCCCUUUCUGAACCCAGUUAUCUACACCUUCAGGAACAAGGAGAUGAAAGCUGCAAUGAGAAAACUUUACUACCAGCUUGUGAGUUACAGGAAAGUGCCCUAA